GGACCGCCAGCCAGACAGGGGAGAGGGAGGGAGGGAACCGGGAGGAGGAGGUGGCCCGUCCCACAGUCACUCCUGCGCCUCCGAACAGCCACAGGGGCAAAGCCCUGUCACCCCCAGGAUCCAGUCAUCGGGGGAAAAGGACAGGGACACCAGAAGAGGGCCAGCUGAAGAGAGGGGGCGGAGGCCCAGGAAGCAGCAUCUAGAGGGACAGGGGCCAGACACAGGAGGCCCAGGGCCCAGAGAACAGACUCCUCUCAGAAGUGAAGAAGAGGAGAGCGGAAGGAACCGAGGGAGGGACAGACGGGAGCCUGAGGAGGAAAGAGGAGGGGGAGAGGGGUCAGGCCCGGCAGCCAAGGAGGAGGCGUGCGGCUGGGGGCUGCCGGCAGGAAGCAGGGACAGGACUGGCCCGGUCGCUGUCCUCUGGGGCAGCAGCAUCCCCCGGGACCCGGCAGAGGCUGCAGUGGUCAGGCUGGGAUGUGUCUCUGACAGCCGCCUCAAAGUGCCCCGCCAUGGCCCCCAGCACCUUCUGGAGCUGCUACCUCUGCUGCCUGCUGACCGCAGCCGUGGGGGCUGCCAGCUACCCGCCUCGGGGUUACAGUCUUUACACAGGGGGCAGCCGGGCCCUCAGCCCCGGGGGAUCCCAGGCCCAAAGUGCGUCCCGGCCUGCCAGCCGACACAGGAACUGGUGCGCCUAUGUGGUGACCCGGACAGUGAGCUGUGUCCUUGGGGAUGGAGUAGAGACCUUCGUCAAGCCGGACUACCAGCCCUGCAGCUGGGGCCAGCCCCAGUGUCCUCGAAACAUCAUGUACCGCAGCUUCCUCCGCCCUCGCUACCGUGUGGUCUACAAGACAGUGACAGAUAUGGAGUGGCGGUGCUGUCAGGGGUAUGGGGGAGACGACUGUGUGGAGGGUCCCGCCCCCGCGUUGGGCCCUGCGCUCUCCACGCCACACCCCCAGCCCCGGCCUGCCCGCCCCAACCUCUCUGGCUCCAGUGCAGGCAGCCACCUCAGCGGACUAGGGGGAGAGGGUCCUGGGGAGUCAGAGAAGGUACAGCAGCUGGAGGAGCAGGUGCAGAGCCUGACCAAGGAGCUGCAAGGCCUUCGGGGUGUCCUUCAGGGACUGAGUGGACGCCUGGCAGAAGAUGUGCAAAAGGCUGUAGAGACAGCUUUUAAUGGGAGGCAGCAGCCAGCAGAUGCAGCUGCCCGCCCUGGUGUACACGAAACCCUCAAUGAGAUCCAGCACCAGCUGCAGCUUCUGGACAAUCGAGUCUCUACCCAUGACCAAGAGCUGGGCCACCUCAACAAUCAUCACAGUGGUGCUGCUGGUGGAGGCAGCAGGGACUCGGCCCCAGUCCCAGCCCCUCCUGGCUCCAAUGAGGAGCUACUGCGGCAGCUAGAGCGGCGGCUACAGGAAUCGUGCUCUGUGUGCCUGACCGGGCUGGAUGGCUUCCACCAGCAGCAGCAGGAGGACAGGGAGCGGCUGCGAGUGCUAGAGAAGUUACUGGCCUCUGUGGAGGAGCGACAGCGACAGCUAAUGAGCCCCACCAUGGGUCGCAGGCCACCUCAGGAAUGCUGCCCGCCAGACCUGGCCCGGCGACUGGCAGACCUGGAGAGGAGGCUGGACGUAGUGGCUGGCUCAGUGACAGUGCUGAGUGGGCGGCGAGGCACUGAGCUGGGGGGCGCCUCGGGGCAGGGGGGCCACCCCCCAGGCUACACCAGCUUAGCCUCCCGCCUCUCUGUCCUAGAGAACCGCUUCAACUCCACCCUGGGCCCCUCAGAGGAGCAGGAGGAGGGCUGGCCUGGGGGGCCUGGGGCACUGGGCCAUUGGCUGCCUGUGGCCCGGGGCCGCCUGGAGAAGCUGGAGGGGCUGUUGGCCAACGUGAGUGGGCGGCUGGGUGGGCGCCUGGAUCUGCUGGAAGAGCAGGUGGCAGGGGCUAUGAAGGCAUGUGGGCAGCUCUGCGCCGGGGCCCCUGGGGAGCGGGACUCUCAGGUUAGUGAGAUCCUCAGUGCCUUGGAACGCAGGGUACUGGACAGCGAGGGCCAGCUGCGGCUGGUGGGCUCUGGCCUGCACAAGCUGGAGGCAGCAGGGGAGGCUCAGCAGACCAUGCUGGAGGGACUGCAAGGGGAUGUGGGCCAGCUCCAGGAGCGCAUGGAUGCACAGGAAGAGACCACUGCAGAGCUCAUGCUGCGGCUAAAUCUCACUGCAGCACAGCUGGGCCAGCUGGAGGGUCUGCUCCAGGCGCGCGGGGACGAGGGCUGUGGUGCCUGUGGUGGUGUCCAGGAGGAGCUGGGCCGCCUUCGGGAUGGAGUGGAGCGCUGCUCCUGCCCCCUGCUGCCCCCACAGGGCCCUGGGGCUGGUCCAGGUGUUGGGGGACCAAGCCGUGGGCCCCUGGAUGGCUUCAGUGUGUUCGGGGGCAGCUCAGGCUCUGCCCUACAGGCCCUGCAAGGAGAGCUCUCUGAGGUCAUCCUCACCUUCAGCUCCCUCAAUGACUCCCUGCAUGAGCUCCAGACCACUGUGGAGGGCCAAGGGGCUGAUCUGGCUGACCUGGGCGCCACCAAGGACAGCAUCAUCUCUGAGAUUAACAGGCUGCAGCAGGAGGCCACGGAGCACAUUACAGAGAGUGAGGAGCGUUUCAGAGGCCUGGAGGCUGGACAGGCGCAGGCCGGCCAGUGCCCCAGCCUGGAGGGGCGACUGGGCCGCCUCGAGGGCGUCUGUGAGCGUUUAGACACUGUGGCUGCAGGACUGCAGGGCCUGCGUGAGGGCCUUUCCAGACAUGUGGCUGGGCUCUGGGCCGGGCUACGGGAAACCAACAGCAGCAGCCAGGCACAAGCGGCUCUGCUGGAGAAGCUUCUGGGAGGGCAGGCAGGCCUGGGCAGACGGCUCGGUGCCCUCAACAGCUCCUUGCUGCUCCUGGAGGACCGCCUGCAGCAGCUCAGCCUGAGAGACCUCACUGGACCUCCGGGUAAGGCUGGGCCCUCAGGACUUCCUGGGAUGCAGGGGCCUCCAGGCCCUGCUGGACCUCCAGGACUUCCGGGCAUGGAUGGACAAAGAGGCCCCAUUGGGCCACCAGGUCCCCAAGGUGAACAGGGAGUGGAGGGCGCGCCAGCAGUCUCCGUGCCGCGGGUGGCAUUUUCAGCCGCCCUGAGUUUGCCGCGGUCGGAACCGGGCACUGUCCCCUUCGACAGAGUCCUGCUCAACGACGGAGGCUUCUACGACCCGGUGACCGGGGUGUUCACCGCGCCACUGGCCGGACGCUACUUGCUGAGCGCGGUGCUGACCGGGCACCGGCACGAAAAGGUGGAGGCCGUGCUGUCCCGCUCCAACCUGGGCGUGGCCCGCAUAGACUCCGGCGGCUACGAGCCCGAGGGCCUGGAGAACAAACCGGUGGCCGAGAGCCAGCCCAGCCCGGGCGCCCUGGGCGUCUUCAGCCUCAUCCUGCCGCUGCAGGCCGGGGACACGGUCUGCAUCGACCUGGUCAUGGGGCAGCUGGCGCACUCGGAGGAGCCGCUCACCGUGUUCAGCGGCGCCCUGCUCUACGGGGACCUGGAGCUCGAGCAGCUGUAGAA